AUGCAAAAGCUUCCAUACGAAGAAGAUGAGAGCGACUAUGAUGUCUUGGCUAGAUCAUUAGAGAUAGAUACAUGCAUUUUAACCAAUGAAUUGAGCGUGCAUGUUAUGCAUGUCAAAAUCUUUGUGGGUACAUGGAAUGUUGCUGGAAGGUCUCCUGCAGGAAGCUUAGCCGUAGAUGUUGACGAAUGGCUAAAUCUCAAGGAUGCGGCUGAUAUAUACGUUCAAGGCUUUCAAGAGAAUGUGCCUUUGAAAACCAAAAACGCAAUAGAAGUAGAGGACCCAAUUGAACCAACAAAAUGGAACUUGCUCAUAGGAAAAACUCUAAACGAUAGGUAUGGGUGCCCUUGGUUGACCCACAUGUUGAAUCCAAUCUCAAGUGAAAACUAUCACUUUGUGAGGAUCCCCAGUUUAGGAAGGAGGGCAAGUUUUCGUGGUCAAUCUGGAUUUACAAGGACAGAGCCAUCAAAUACACAACAUGAAAGGGGGGCAUAUGGGGACAGUAAGUACAUGCUAAUGACAAGCAAGAAGAUGGUUGGGGUGUUUAUAAGUGUGGAUGAAGAAGGAAUUGCUCAUAAAGUACUUCAUUUCAAAUGUCAAAGUUUCUUCCGUCGCUUGUGGCAUCAUGGGUUAAUUGGGGAAUAA